AUGGGCCAGGUUCUGCAAUCAGCUCCAUGUCUUCUGUCGGAGCGCGUCCUACUGUCGCACAAAGUCCCAAGCACAUCAUCUCCUGGGACGUACAUCUCUUGCAUCCACCUGAGGCCAGAGCAGCUCGUGGCUCGUCACAUCUCCAACUGGCCAUCCAACGAUUUGCUGCGCAACGUCGACGGCCUGGUCGUCGGCAUCAUUCUUUGGCUGGCGAAUCUGUUUUACGGCGCCUUUCACGCCGCGGCCUGGAACGAGCAUUUCCCGAGCUCGACGGAAAAGUGGCUGUGGAGAGCAUCGGCCGCGUACAUUGCCAGCUGCGGCGGAUUCUGGGUCGUCCUGAACUCUGCGGUGUCGAGAUGGGCGCGGCUCAACAGCUUCUGGGAAAAGUGGAUGGACGGCGAAAAGUCGUUGCUGGGGACCAUGGCCCUUGCGGCUGUGGUGGUGCUCUGUGGUUCCAGCUUCGUCCUCGCCAGGAUGUACGUGGUGAUGGAGGCGUUUCUAAGCAUCCGGGAACUCCCCGCGAGUGCAUACCAGACACCACAGUGGGCAGAUGUCUUUCCGCAUCUAUAA